GUGAACUUAAGCCCCCUGUGUUCUGUUAAGUAGAGCCCGCUGUCCUGUGAUCAGCAGUAAGUAUCGCAGCCUGUUUAUUAGUGUGACAACCCUACCAGAAAGCCCUCCGCGGUGAAACUCUUCGCUCUUCGUUAGGGGCUCCCACCCCCCACCCCCACCACACAGCUGAGUUGUUUACCAAACGUCAAGCCGCUUUGCUUUGUUCUUCUACCUGCUGUCUGAUCAACGCUGCACCACCACCAACACUCAGAUGAUGGCAGUCCAUCUACAGCGCCCCCUUGCAGCUAUGUGUUGCCUGUUUCUGUACUGCCUGAUUGGGGUACUGUCAAGUCCGGACCCCAGACUGAGAGAGGCUCUCAUAGAGCUUGAGGCCUCCAUGCAGACAGGAGGUCAGAUGGUGCUGACGGAUGCCGAGCAGCGGCUGGAUGCUCUUCUAUUGAAAUUGAAGCAGGAGGAAAUGUCCAGAGAGGAUUUUCCUCCAGCCAUGCAUUUCUUCAGAGCCAAACAUCUCAUCCAGACCAGUCCCAUUUUCAGGCUGUUGCAGAAGAUGCCUAAAGGUGGAGCUCUUCAUGUCCACGACGUCUCCAUGGUGGACGUAGAGUGGCUGGUGAAGAACGUCACCUACCGGCCGCACUGCUACAUGUGCAGCACAGACAACAUGUCUGUCAGGUUUAUCUUCUCGUCUCAGUCGCCCAAACCUCUGGCUCGUUGCUCUCCCUGGGUCCUGCUGGAGAACCUUCGCGCUAAGAUAGUCAACACAACAGAUCUAGACAACAGCAUCAGGGGCAACCUGAGCCUCUUCACUGACCGGGAUCCGGAGGCAGUCUACCCCAGUCAGGACGUGGUUUGGGAUCGGUUCGAGCAGGCCUUCCAAGCCGUGUGGGGUCUGGUCACUUAUGCUCCAGUAUUCAGAGAUUAUUUCUACCAGGGCCUCACCCAGUUCUACACUGACAACGUCAUGUAUCUGGAACUGCGUGCUAUGCUCCCAGAGGUGUAUGAACUGGAUGGCAGCACACAUAACAAAGCAUGGACCAUGAAGACCUACCAGGACAUUACCAAGCAGUUUGUGUCGACGCACCCAGACUUCUUUGGAGCGAGAAUCAUUUUUACACAUCAAAGGCGAGCAAAUAUAUCGGCAGUAGCUGAAGCUGUGAAAGAGGCAAUGCAGCUAAAGAAAGACUUUCCUGAUUUCCUGGCUGGCUUUGACCUGGUGGGUCGGGAAGACCGAGGCAAACCCCUGUGGUACUUUAGAGAUGCUUUGUCACUCCCUGCAAAGAAAGGCGUCCAGCUUCCUUACUUUUUCCAUGCUGGAGAGACGGAUCUUGAGGGCACUGAGGUGGAUCAGAACCUCUUAGAUGCUCUGCUCCUGAACACAUCUCGUAUCGGCCAUGGAUUUGCUCUGCUGCGGCAUCCAGUGGCCAAAGAUUUAUCCAGGAAGAGAGGGGUGGCGGUGGAGGUCUGCCCCAUCUCUAACCAGGUUUUAAAGCUUGUGAAUGAUUUACGGAACCAUCCAGCUGCUGCUCUCAUGUUGGAAAAUCACCCACUGGUCAUCAGCUCUGAUGACCCAGCCAUGUUCGGGGCUUCUGGUCUUUCUUACGACUUCUAUGAAGCCUUUGUGGGCUUCGGGGGCAUAAAGUCCCACAUCGGCUCCCUUAAAGAGCUGGCCAUGAACUCCAUCAGGUACAGUUCUUUGUCUCGAGAACAACAGAAAGAGGCGCUGCUUCUGUGGCAGAGGAGAUGGAACACGUUUGUGACUGAAAAUGAGUUUCUGAAAAUCAACUAGAACUUUUUUCUGACCUUCAUACCCGUUUCAACUGUCCCACUAAAGCAGGUCCUCUUUGAGCUGCUUCCUGUCUGACCUAAUAUGGGCACAGACCAGGACUUCCUCUUCUUUAUUGUAGAAGAAGAGAAGAAGAACGAGGAGGAUUAGGUCUGAUCAAAUAUAAGCAGAUUUUUCAAAUAUAAGCUGAUUUUUCAUGAAUAUGCGGAAAGGAAGUGGAAUAGAUGCUCAGCUUACACAUCAUUUCAUGAUUAAUCUGGUUUUAUCUUCUUAAUGGAAACUUUUUUUUUUCUUUUUUCAGAAUGGUUUACAGGGAUUUGGUUUUAAAAUCUUUAUUUUAUGUGUUGUUUGUGUCAAAGAAAAAACCUUCAUAAGGUUUGUAUGUAGAUGUGAUCUGUUUGUUUUCUAACAUUUGCACAUUUAAUCCUGACUAAAUUGACUGAGAUGAAUCCAUUCAGCGUUUAUUGAAACACUUUAAACAGCUGCAGCAGCAACCUGUUGGUCAUAGAGCUGCUCCUUUGUGUCCAUCAACACCUUCGGGUUCAGUUUUAUAGUUUAUGAUUUAAACUGAAAACAGCAGGAGUUGGAUUAGGAUUACAGUAGGACUCUGAUGAUGUGACUUCUGAUAGGGGCAGAAUGCUUUAGUUGUGUGUCAGGUUUUUGUUUUACCAUUUUGAACUAUUUUAGUAAUUUAUGUGAUCAGAUUAUCACAUAAAUUAAAUAUUAAAACUAUUAUUAUUAUUAUUAUUAAUGCAGGUAAAAAUCUGUGAAAAAUCAGCUUAUAAUAUUAAAUGGCUGGCAAACUGUAAACAGUUCUCUAGUGUUUAAAUGUUUAAAGCAGACAAAAAGAGAAAUAUUUUUUGCAAUGGCUCCGUUUAUUUUUUUUCGCUCCUCUUGCAGCAGAACUGUUGGUUUUCUCCUGGCAGUGAUUCCCCAUCAUCUGCUGCAGGUGUUGAAAUUGGAGAAGAAGCUGUCUUCAAUGUUUCCUCUUUUAAGAUCUGGCUGCCUUUAAAUGAGACAAGUUAAAAUCAGUCUGAGGAGUGAGGAGACUUUAACAGCGGGUUCCUCUAUGACGCUACUGACCGUUGUUUUUGGGUUUGUGCCAGCUGAACAUUAAAGCUGUCCAGGUGUCUCCUCAGCUGCUUGUUCAUCCUUGCUUGCUGCCACUCCAUCAGCAGAGCUUUACGGGCCGAAUCCAGUCGGAUAUUAUUGUAGAAGUCCUCCUCUCGCUUCUUCUCCAACUCUAACCUCUAGAGGACCAGAUCCAUCUGCAGAUGAGCUACUUUUUUAUCUGGACUGGUGUUUCUCUGGUUGUUAGUCUUACCUUCUUCUCCUCGAUUUGGCCUUGCUGGAACUGAGUGACCUGCUGCAGGGUCUCAGGCUGAGGUCUCCUGUCAUCACUGGGACAAAGGCCAAGUACCCCCACAGCGGUUGGGACACAGUCUUCAUCACGCCGCUGCCUUUCCUC